AACAAAUCAUGGAGGAAGCUGUUACAAGGAAAUUUGUCCAUGAGGACAGCAGCCACAUCAUUUCCUUUUGUGCUGCCGUCGAAGCCUGUGUCCUUCACGGCCUCAAGCGGCGGGCAGCUGGUUUCCUGCGCAGCAACAAGAUCGCGGCUCUGUUCAUGAAGGUGGGGAAGAGCUUCCCACCCGCGGAAGAGCUCUCUCGGAAGGUGCAGGCCCUGGAGCAGCUCCUGGAGAACGUGCGGAACCAGGGACCAGGCGUCCAGGAGAACCCCCGCAAAGUCCAGAAGCUCCCCAACUUAUCCCCACAGGCGAUCAGGCACCUCUGGAUCAGGACGGCGCUUUUUGAGAAGGUCCUGGAUAAAAUUGUACACCACUUGGUGGAAAACAGCAGUAAAUACUAUGAGAAGGAAGCAUUGCUGAUGGAUCCUGUCGACGGCCCCAUCCUGGCUUCUUUGUUAGUGGGACCUUGUGCACUGGAGUACACCAAGAUGAAGACGGCCGACCACUUCUGGACAGACCCUUCGGCGGAUGAACUGGUGCAACGCCAUCGGAUCCAUAGCUCUCACUGUCGCCAAGACUCGCCCACAAAGCGCCCUGCUCUCUGUAUCCAGAAGAGGCAUUCGAGUGGCAGCAUGGAUGACCGCCCAUCUCUCUCAGCUCGAGAUUAUGUGGAGUCGCUCCACCAGAACUCCAGAACCACCCUCUUGUAUGGCAAGAACAACGUCUUGGUGCAGCCGCGCGAUGAUAUGGAGGCGAUUCCGGGCUAUUUGUCUCUUCAUCAGGCUGCUGACUUCAUGACACUGAAGUGGACCCCAAACCAGCUGAUGAAUGGCUCUGUCGGAGACCUAGAUUAUGAGAAAAGCAUCUACUGGGAUUACGCCAUGACCAUCCGCCUGGAGGAGAUCGUCUAUCUGCACUGCCACCAGCAAGACAGUGGGGGCACCGUGGUCCUUGUCAGCCAAGAUGGCAUCCAGCGCCCUCCCCUGCGGUUCCCCAGAGGGGGGCAUCUCCUGCAGUUCCUCUCCUGCCUAGAAAAUGGGCUCCUGCCCCGAGGGCAGCUGGACCCACCGCUCUGGUCCCAGAGGGGAAAGGGGAAAGUGUUCCCAAAGCUGAAGAAACGAAGCCCUCCGGGAUCCUCGGAGUCGGCCUCGGACAAGGAAGAGGAGGAGGCCACGGAUUAUGUCUUCAGGAUCCUUUACCCGGGCUCGCAGUCAGAGUUUGCCCCCCAGGACUUGAUGGACACCCCAGCGAGCGCCCUUCCUUCCAUGUGGCAACCGGGCACGGGCACGUCUUCCUGCUCCUCCUGCUCUCAGAGCGGCCCCAUGGGGGGUGGUCCAUCCAACGGCUGCAGCCAUGAAAGGGCCCCCCUAAAACUGCUGUGUGAUAACAUGAAGUACCAGAUCCUCUCCAGAGCCUUUUAUGGAUGGCUCGCCUACUGCCGCCACCUCUCCACUGUGCGAACACACCUGUCAGCCCUGGUGAACCAUGACAUUGUGUCUCCUGAAGUGCCGUGCGAUGCCAGGAGGGGCCUGACUGUCGAGAUCUGGGAGAGGUUCCUGCAGGACAGCACGAGCUAUGAGGAGAAGGAGCUGCUGCGCCUGGUCUACUUUGGAGGAGUACAGCAUGAGAUCCGCAAAGCUGUCUGGCCUUUCCUCCUGGGCCAUUACCGGUUGGAGAUGUCAGAAGCAGAGAGGAGAGAGGUUGACAGCCAGACCCGCACCUGCUACGAGCAGACCAUGGCAGAAUGGCUGGGCUGUGAGGCGAUCGUCCGGCAGCGGGAGAAGGAGUCGCACGCCGCUGCCCUGGCCAAGUGCUCCUCGGGAGCCAGCUUGGACUCCCAUAUGGAGCGCAUGAUGCACCGGGACUCGACCCUCAGCAGUGAGUCUUCCCAGAGUGGGAGUUCCGGCCCCCAGAGCCUGACCCGGCUGCACAGCGACUCCAGCGGGAGUGCCCAGGUGUUUGAGUCUGUUGAAGAACUAGAAGAGCCAGAAGUGGGACCCAAGCCGGAGGAGGGCAAACCGGACGACGUCUCCAACGGGACUGUCCCUGGCAGGGGGGCGCGCGGCUCACCAGACUCCAGCCACCCUUCCUCCCGGAACCUCUCCAUUCUUUUGGCCUCCUCGGAGCGCGGCUUCGGCAGCAGCACGGAGGAGGACGGUGCUGCCGAGGCUGGGGAGGCCGGGGGCCCCCACCACUCUGCCCCCAUGAGGAUGGAGGCCGGCCAGGAGACCCUCACCCUGCAAAGCCUCCUGGCGGAUGGGAAGAGCACGAGAGACAAAGGGCUGCAAGGCCAGGACAGUUUGAACGAGGACCUCCCCCUGGCGGAGGGCAAGCUGGACGAGUUUUUUCUGAUGGGCGAGAAGCUUCCUGAUCCAGAGAGGGGGGUGCCUCUUCGGACAGGGGACCGGACGGAGAGCUGGGUGGGCCACGGCACGGAGCCGGCCAACUCCCUGGAGAGCGACGAGGAGGACGACCUGUCGGAGGAGCCAGAGAUGGAAACCCUCUACCCGCCGCAGCCGGAUGCUCGCCCCUUGGCCGUCACCGACUUGACCCUGAGCGCCAUCUCCCCUGUCUCUUCCUCAGGGGUCACCUAUCCUCCAGAGCUUCUGGACCUGUACACCAUUAACCUGCACCGCAUCGAGAAGGACGUCCAGAGGUGUGACCGGAACUACUGGUACUUCACGCCUGCCAACCUAGAGAAACUUCGCAACGUCAUGUGCAGCUACGUUUGGCACCACCUUGACGUCGGCUACGUGCAGGGGAUGUGUGAUCUGCUGGCCCCUUUGCUCGUCAUUCUGGACGACGAAGCCCUCGCUUUCAGCUGUUUCACGGAGCUCAUGAAGAGGAUGAACCAAAACUUUCCCCACGGAGGAGCGAUGGACACCCACUUUGCCAACAUGCGCUCCCUCAUCCAGAUUUUGGACUCGGAACUCUUUGAGCUGAUGCACCAGAACGGCGAUUACACACAUUUCUACUUCUGCUAUCGCUGGUUCCUCCUGGAUUUUAAGCGAGAACUCGUUUACAAUGACGUCUUUUCUGUCUGGGAGACCAUCUGGGCAGCCACUCGGAUCUCCUCUGCCCAUUACGUCCUCUUCAUUGCUCUGGCCCUGGUGGAGGUCUAUCGAGACAUCAUCCUAGAGAACAACAUGGACUUCACAGAUAUCAUCAAGUUCUUUAACGAAAUGGCUGAGCGCCACAACACCAAAGAGAUCCUGAAGCUGGCUCGAGACCUUGUGUACAGAGUCCAGACUCUGAUUGAGAACAAGUGAUUCAGGAAAUGGCCUGACCCCCACCCCCACCCCUUGGAGGAAGCGGCACCGUCCUUGACAAAGCUUUUACGGCUGAGGGUGGCACUCGGAAAGAGAGCCUGGCACUCUGAGCGAUCUCAAGUGAACUCUUGAAGGGUGUGUGUGGGUGUGGGUGUGUCCCGUCCCGUCCCCCCCCCAACCAUGUCAUUGCGCUGGCCGGGUGGGACAGACCGAGGCCCCUUCCUGACCUCGGCCCCUGUCUUGGUGAUUAACCAAAGAACUCAGAAGAGCCACAGCUUUCUCGGGGUGGGGGCCUGUCCCCUGGCCACAAGUCUUCUCUGGAGGAUGGGGUGAGGAGGGAGUGACACAGCCUGGCUGUUUAUAUGAAUGUCCACUUUUAUGAACUUUGGGAGGCAGUGGAGGCUUUGAAAAGCACCCCUGGGGCCUUCAGGUCUUGUUUUCCUCUUCCUCCCGGGGAGAAUAUCGUUUUAAGCCACCAGCAUAUUUCCUUGCCCUUCCCUCCUCUUUGAUUCUGAUCUUGCCUCUCAGAGAGAUUCCUGGGGGGAGACUCUGUGAGAAAGGCAGGGAAGCCCCGCACGCGCCCUUGGGGAGAGCAGCCCUCCUCCCUGCUCCAAGGGUGUCACGAGCAACCUCCGUGGCAGCACGCUGCCCUUCCCUGGCUGGAGGGGGCCUGGUUCCUUUCAAAGCCCCCCCCCGCCAGCUUCCUAAUGCCAUGCCAGUUUGGGAGGUGGACUGUGGAGCAAGGCCGCCGUGUCUGGAGCCCUCCUGCUGCAUUGCCCUGACUGGCAUGGGAUCUGCCCAUCCGCUGGGUGGUGCAACUGGGAGCACUGGUGCACUGGGAGCUGUGGGCAAUGUUGUUGAGGAUAAAUGUCUGGAUUCUUUGGGUUGUUUUAAAUGCCGGUGUUUUUAAAACCCUGAAGAAAGGGAAGCCUAAAGGAGUUCUUUUGCUUGAUUUAAAAAAAAAAUUCCCCCCAAAGGUCUUGGCUAAACGGGUGCCUAAUCCUGUCGCCACGGCAGUGGCUUCCGGGUGUGUGGCGGAUGCUCAGCCAUAUCUUUCCCCUCCCAAAGCAUGGGCCUCCUCAGUCCCACGCCGGGCCCCCUGCUGCACCGAGGCCAUGGGUGGGCUCCUCACUUCCGAGUGAAAUCUUCCUCGCCUUCUUGAGGGAGGGAGCAGCCGUGUGGAGAGGGCAGGGGGACCUCUCUGGACGCGGGUCACUCUGAAGAGCCUCCCUCCCCAAGUAGCUUCUGUGUGUGUGUGUCCGUCCGUGUGUGUGUGGCCCCCCAUGUGGUGCUUGUACUGGUGGGAACACUCUGGCAUUGC